UUUUUUUUUUUUUUUUUUUUUGCAAACCGGCCUCGUGUGAGCACCCACCUUCGACAGCCCCGCCCAUCCAGGCAGCCCGCCAGCCAAGGCAGACACGCCGACCCAGAGAGUGAAGCGGGCGCCAUGCUGUCCAUGUACAACGACGUGGCUGAGCCGGUAGUGGCGCUGACCAUGCUCGCCGACUUGCUCAUUGCGCUGGCGUACUUUGCCGUUCCCAUUGAGAUUCACAUCUUCAAGAAGCGCCUUCCAAACCUGCCGAACAGCGUCGUCCUCGUGCUCUUCGAGUCGUUCAUCCUCGCUGUAAGUAGCAGCACAACUUUUUCGCUCACGCUCCAACACGAUUAGCACCAACCUGAAUGAGAAACUUUGACGGACCUUUUUUUUUUAAUUUUUGUUUAUUUUUUUUUUUUUUGGCGUCUCGCUUCGUCUCUCUCCGUUUCGUCUUUUCGCCUCGCGCCUUGCAUCAUUCAUCAGGCGCUGUACUUGCGUAUUGGCAUGGGAUGCUGGUUUGAUCCGGGAGCGGACCAGCCGACGCGUGAGAGUCGCCAACUGAGACGAGUUGGGGGUUGCUGCUUUGCUUGCCCUCUACUCUCUCUCUCUCUCCCUCUGCCGCUCUCCCUCUCCCCCUUCCUUCGCUCGUUCUCUCCAUCUCCUGCUCCUGCUUCCGUCUCGUUGCUUUGCCUUGCGUCUCCAUGCCAGGCGCUUCUCUGCCGUGUGGUCUUCUCUCGGCUUUUCUUUAUUUUCAUUUUUUUUUUAUUUGAUUUUUUUUUUUUCACCGACACCUACUUUUUUUCGCAUUCCGACGUAUUUAUUUGGCUUUGCUCUAUUCGCAACGAACUCACUGAGUUUUGAAUACUUCCAAUGUGGACCUGUUGGACAACAAAGCCAACAUGCGCGGAGUUGAGUUUGGGUUUCGCGGGGGUGUCAGCUGGGCCAUGUGAGGAAGGAAUUGGGGAGGAGGAAUAGCUGAGCGAAAAACCAACGCUGCAUUCGCCGACAAUCAUCCCACUUUGGCCCAUGGCUUUGGACUCCUCUCAUGUGCAUGUCGCGCUUUGUGCAUGUGUGGGGGCAUGUGGGGGCGCAAUUCGUGAGCCAGUGAGCGAGCGCUUGCGUCUGGGCGGCGUGUGUUGGUCGCCACGAGCGUCAAUUGGCAAACUCCGAAACAAACAACCCAACGCUGGAGCGCCGAUUCCUCUUUUUGCUGAGCCCUGUGUGUUUUCCUCCACAUCCCAGCAAACAAACGAACUACCAACCUACGUAGUAUGUUUGAGGUUUUUCGGUUUCGUUCUUCGUGAGCACGCGCCACUAGGAAUUGCGUUGGAGUUUGUUUUUUUUUUUUUUGUUUUUCUUUUGGCAACGCGUGAUGAGUCGGGUUCGCACCUUUGUUGCCACCUUGGCGAAUAAGAACCCCCCAUUAUGCUUCUUUAAGAAGUGUGCAGAUAGCCUCAGCAGCGCUCCAGCUGGCUUCUUGUUUUGACCAAAACAUGUUCUUUUUUCGAAUCGGAUGACGCAUCUCAUGCGACCGGUCUGCCGCACAAUUGCGCCAUCUUUGGUGUUUCUACCCAAAACAACACCACCUGACGAAAGUGGCAAGUUCGAUGUGUUUCGUUGCCUGGCUGCACCCCUUUUUGGGGGGCAACGGCACGGCUUUGUCUCGUUGUCAUGCUUGUGCUUGGUUAGGUUCCAGCACGUACAUCACCAUCCAAAACACUUUGCACACAUCAUGAAUGACUCAUCUCGUAGUGUGACUCGGCUCCACCAUCUCUGCGGAAUCACCCAUCUCGUUCAUGUGUUCAUGUUCCACUUUGACUUGAUGACUGUCAUGCUGGCGGCAAAGAUUGCAUGCGCCCUCAUCUCGGUUGCCACUGCCAUCUACUUGAUCAAGGUCAUUCCGAUGGCUUUGGGACUGCAAUCGCACGCGCUUGCGCUCGAGCAAGAGUUGGGACAGUUCAAGCAGGAUGAAGCAGCCAACAAGCUCAACCAGCGCAGACAGCACCGGAUGGUGCGCACACUCAUGCGAGCGAUGCGAACGGCGCGCGACGAACCCUCCAUCUUGGCCGCAGCUGCAGAAAGUCUGGCCAAUGCGCUCAAUCUCGACCGCUGUACCAUCUACUUGCCGCCACAGCACGCUCUUGCAGCCGUCACUCUCCUGCAAUCUGCCUCAACGGAAGAAGGCGCGUCGUCGUUCCACUCGACCCAUUCGAGCGCGGCAACGUCCACUCGAAAUCUGCUCUCACAUGUGACCUCGCCUCGCAGCAGCGUAGCCUCCCCAAAAGGCGCUUCUUCCCCAAGAGGCGUGUCGUCUUUUCCCACCUCCCCACGAUCAGCAUCUCCAGCUGCUGGGAAGGCCGCGCGCCUGCUCAAAUCGGUGUGCGAGCCGGUCGACGACAACGAGGAGGGUAUCGAACUCAGUUCGUCGACAGCGCCACUGCUCGGCGUCGAGACGACGACCGCACAACUGUCGACAGCAGCGCACUCGUCCAAUUUGUACGACCCUAAAAGUCGUCGAUUUCCGAUUCGGCGCCGUUUGACCACCACCUUGUCGGAGGCUGAUGUUCGCGAGCAACUCGAUGGUCCCAAUUACAACUCGGACUCACCCACCAGUAGUGGGCGACCAGCGCCGCUCCCAACCAGCGGCAGCAAAGCCAGCAUGACCCGGUCCCGAGCACGCACCUCUCAGGAGCUGCUCACCUCCCCAAUGGUCGCCGUCACUGACGUGCAGUGCGACUCCCAAACCUCUGGCUUUUCAAUACAGUCGCCACCCACAGUGCUCAACUCCAAGGCUGCCUUGAUCAAGCUUGUCAGCUCGAGUGUGGGCGCUGUCGACGUGAUGGCUCAGCCUCGCCUGAUUGAGCUGCUUGAGCCAUUCUCACACCCUCAGCACAAUGGGACGGCACGCUUGCCACCAAAAGCAUUACUGGCAGUCCGCGUGCCAUUGCCUACUUCGAUCACAGAGAGCAGCCAGAGUGCAUCUCGUCCCGUGUCCUCUCAUGUAGACUCUGAUUCCGUCGCUCUUGACAUGGAUGCGGCCGACCUGCAAGACGACGGCGAAGAAGACUAUGCUGGUGAUGAUUUUGAUGCUGAUUCUGACUCUGCCGGCAGCGACCUCACGACUCAACGCCAGUACGCUGUGAUUCUCCUCCAACUCGAUGCUCCACACGAGUGGGCUCAGCAUGAAACCCGACUUGUCGAAGAAGUUUGCGACCAAAUCAGCUUUGCUCUCGAUCGUGCGCGUCAAUUGAUGGUCGAACGGAAGAAUGUCGAGGUGAUGCUGCAAAAGGAUCGUGCCAAGCAAAAAGCCGAGCUGGCAUCGCACAUGCAGGGCGAGUUCCUUGCCAUGAUGAGUCAUGAGCUGAGGACACCAAUGUAUGCCGUCAUGGGCCUUGGUGAGCUACUGGGCGAAACGAGCCUGAAUGUCGAGCAACGAGAGCUCGUCGACGGCAUGCGCAGCUCUGGUGAAGUGUUGCUGCGCAUCAUCAACGACAUUUUGGACUUUUCCAAGUAUGAGAGCGGCAUGGUGCAGCUGGAGCGCUUGCCUUUCGAGCUGCUCUCGUGCAUGGAAGAGGCGCUGGAUAUUGUCAGCGGCAAAGCGCAAGAGCGCGGCAUUCGGCUGGCCUGUUUGGUCGACUCGCUCGUCCCCGAAGUUGUGGUGGGCGAUGUCACCCGCUUGCGACAAAUCAUUGUCAAUCUGCUCAGCAAUGCUGUCAAGUUUACACGUGAAGGCGAGGCGGUGGUCAUGGUGCGCAUGGCGUCGCCCGCUGUCGUUGAGAUGGCCGAGCAAAACAUUGCCAAGGCUCGUGUGGAAUCGAAAGAAUCGGCUGCUCCUGUUCCAGCCAUCACGGCAGGUCAACAGGCACAUCCGUUGGGACUCCGCGCCGGCCGCCCAAGUCUCCGAUCGGCCAGCUCUACGAGCAUGACUGGCGUUCGUCAAGUUUUGCACUUUACCGUGGCCGAUACAGGCAUUGGCAUUCCUGCCGACCGAAUCCACGUCUUGUUCAACAAGUUCUUCCAGGUCGACUCGUCCGUGACACGCAAGUUUGGCGGCACUGGCCUUGGACUUGCCAUCUGUCACAAGCUCGUCAGUCUGCUUGGCGGCCAUAUCUGGGUCGACAGCGAGCUCCACCGUGGUUCCAGCUUCCAUUUUACCCUGCCGGUCGAAACGCUGCAAACCUGGGUGGGACCCGUCAUGUCAGCGUCGCCCUCCGUGCAUGCAGUGCACGCGACCAAAUCCAGCCCCGAAACACUGGCCCUCACCCAACACUUUGCUGCGGCACAGACGCGCAGUCCAGACCCACGCGGUUUGGGGCUGCCUUCCUCCCACUUUACGGAGACGGUGCCGACCACGUCACCCAUCAUGACGGACAACAACUUUGCCAGCAGCUUCUCGAGCAUGUCGCACCUGCUGCAGAACAAUUCGCUGGCAAACAAGGUCGUGGCCGUCGUGUCGUCGCAUGCCAUCGAACUCGCGGGCUUGCAGCUGUAUGUGGCUGCGACUCGAGCCGUGUCCGUCCCGUUCGCCUCGGUCAGCGCGCUUCUCCAGGCGCACCAGUUGCAUCCUGUGCAGCUGCUGCAGCUUUCCCCGUCGACAUCGCCCUCCAGCCCUGGCAUUGGCCCGUCUUUGCCUUCCGCUGUGCUUCGACGCUCUGCGGACACGCUACCACAGCCCACAACACGCGACUCCAUGGUCUCGCCAGCAUCCAUCCUGUCACCGCCGCCACAGUCGCAACUGGAUGGCACUUCCGUUUCGUCUCGAUUGGCAGCGGAGAAUGGUCACAAACCUGCUUUCGUCACUGUGGAACCUCCACACUCGCGGCAGCUUCGAGUCGACGUCGGCGUGGCGUCUGCGACCUUCCGCCUGGGUGAAAACUCACAUUCUGCGCUGCGGUCUGUCGACGGCCCUGUUGCAACAAAAGUGGAUGUCGUCGUUGUUGAUUUGCAGACUGCCCAAGAGAUGGGUGAGGUCAAGCUCCUGGCCCUCGUUGCCCAACAUAUUGCACCCAUCGUCCUGGUUGGUCCCCCGCGACUUCUUCGGCCCGAUUCUCUGCAGUCGGAGGUCGGCUGUCCAUCCAUCGUCAUUAGCAAACCCGUGCAUCGCUUGCAGCUCGCCAAGAGUCUGCUCAAGGCGCUCGGCCUGACAACCGAACCGCGCAUUGGCGGCCGGAUCUCACAAAGCGCUUUGCUGAACGAGGCGGGCGUUCGAUCGCUCCGCGCGAGUGGCGGCAGCCGAGAGGACUUGAACGUGGGCAAUGGAAGCAUCCCCAGCGAUCUCGGAGACGCCAGCGCAAGUGGCCGAGCUGCCUACGCAGCUGUUGCUGCUGCCACAGCUGCAGCGGCCACUGCGGCAGCCGUCUCUGCCGCAGUUCUGUCGAAUGCGACGAUGGUCUCGGCGCCGCUUUCACAGGCGCUGCAUGAGAACAACCUGGACGUGAGCGAGCUCUCUCCGAGCAACGCGUACUCUCUGGCUUUGGCGGGUGGCGGCUUGAGCGGUGGGGAGCAACUAUUCCUUUCCAACGCAGCCAACCAUGGCGACCUUUCGACCGCCCUGGGCGACCGUCAGGCCCAACCUCAAGACUUGAGGAUUCUUCUGGCGGAGGACAAUCCUGUCAACCAGCGCGUGACCACAAAACUGCUCUACGUCCUUGGUUACCGCAACGUGGAGCUUGCCAACAACGGGUUGGAGGCCGUUGCGGCGGUGAAAGCGCGGCCCUUCCACUGUGUGUUGAUGGACAUUAAUAUGCCAGAGCUUGAUGGUGUCAGUGCAUCAGCUCGCAUCAUGGAAGACCCUGCCAUUGCGCAACACCGCAAGCCCUACAUUGUCGCGAUGACGGCCAAUGUCCUCGUGGCCGAUCGGCAGCGCUGUGUCGCCGCAGGCAUGCAAGGCUAUCUCAGCAAGCCCUGUCAUAAGGUGGAUCUCGAUCGCGCCCUUCGCCGGUGUAUUCUGUGGUGGCAGAGUCGCGGUGGUUUGAAUCUGACCGAGUGAGAUGUUGGGUGCGGGGUUUUCACACUCUUCAGCAGCACUUUGAUGGCUGUUGUUCUGAUAACGUUUAUAUUUGCUUUCUGUCAUGUUGUUUCCAUUCAUUCUAUGCGAUGCUUGUUUUGGCUGUUUUGUUUGAUCAAUAUGAUCUGUAC